AUGCUGUUCACACACUCCGCCAGCUUCACGCAGCCCGCGCAUCAAUCUACCGCGUUGCACUCGACAAUUUCGAAUUCUUCGUCCCAUCACAGCAACUUCACCAGCGGUAGCCCUCCCGGCGGGUCGUCGUCCUCACCCACCGAGUCAAGCUCCCGUCGCCGAUUGCGAAGGCUAAGUCAGCUGCGCUACAACCCCAGUCACCUGCUCUCUCGCGACAGCAGCAGCCACAACAGUCACGAGCACCAGUACCAGCAACAACAGGGAAGCGCAUUACCACGAUCAUCGCAGCAAGGCGUUUCGACAACCAGCAGGAACAGUAACCGUUUGACUCUGGUCAACGGAACGCAGCCCCAGACCACAUCCAAUACGGUCUCGUCGCGGGCGCAGCCCACGGAAACCAACACCGCUGGUGCUCCCGCCACCUCCACCAACAGCGCGAUAUCGACCACACCCUCGGAUAACUCUGCCUCGGUCACCACUCGCACAGUCGACCAGGACAUCCCGCGUGUUCCAUCUCUACCGCAGUCUUCAAGCGAGAACAGCUUCGUCGAUUCGGCAGCAUCUCAUCAAUCAGGCUCUGCACCAGCGCCUCCGCCACCCCAGACGAGUGAUCCGCCACUGAACUCGCAGCCAACAAUGCCGCGACCCAGAGCCUCGACGACGGGUGAAAUGGCAGGCGGCGUUGCUCCGGCGAGCACAGCCGUGAAUGCAGUCGAGUUGCUGCCUUCCAUCCGACUAUCUUCCUAUCUCGACCCUCGCUCGCCGCGCCCGUCCCUGUCUUUUUCACCCGUGACCCGAACGCUGCCCACCGGGACAGAAAUCAUUCGAGUCGGUCGUUAUUCGGAGCGCGAAAAUCGCGACAUGGGCAAUGUGCACAACACGCAGCCUUCAGGAGCACCAGUCGGCUUCAAAAGCAAAGUUGUAAGCCGCCGGCAUUGCGAGUUUUGGUACGAGGAUGGCAAAUGGUUCAUCAAGGAUGUCAAGAGCUCAUCAGGUACAUUUCUGAACCACAUCCGCCUCAGCCCUCCAAGCCAGGAGAGCAAGGCGUUCCCCAUCAACGAUGGCGAUCUUGUGCAACUAGGUAUCGACUUCAAAGGGGGCGAAGAGCCCAUUUUCCGAUGUGUCAAAGUACGCAUUGAGCUGAACCGUGGGUGGCAAAACAAACUCAACACCUUCAAUAUGGCUGCACACAAGAGGUUACGAACCAUGGGCAAGGACGCAGAGACGGCCAGCGUCGGUGGCUCUUCCCACGACUGCUCCAUCUGCCUCAACAUGAUUGCUCCUUGCCAGUCGUUAUUUGUGGCACCUUGCUCGCACACAUGGCACUUUAAGUGCGUACGCUCGCUCUUGACAGGGCCGCACUAUCCGCUAUUUGUGUGCCCUAAUUGCCGCGCGGGAGCCGAUCUUGAAGCCGACGUAGAGGACGCUGCGGAAGACUGGGAGCAGCUUCAGCAUGAGGACGCGCAAGACGAAACCGACGCUCCUCCCACUAGCCACGCAACCAGGGCGACACCUCCAACCACACCGCCACCACAGAACGAUAGUGACCCUAUGGACGAGACGAUGGCGCCGCAGCGAGAAAGCCAAAGCCCCGAGCAGCAACAGGGCAAUCUUCCACAUGCUAUUUCGGAUCCCUUGCCCAUCAGCAACAGUUCGGCGAGGCAACACGCUACGCCGUCGCCACCUGGCAACGGCAAUGCUGAAGGCCCAAUUACGCCGAGGAACGAGGUCGGGCCUUGGGUCUUUGAUGGGGGUGCUGGACGCGCUCGGCAAGAGACAGAAGACUCGGAACUUGCGAAUAGCGCACGCCUUGCGCCUCUGGGCCGAGCUACUCGUUCAAAAUUACCAUCAUGCACUGUCGGCCGUGCGACCAAGCGAGGCCUAUCGACACAGAUCGACGCCAUCCCCAAGGAGCCAACUGACCUUGACAACAUCACCACUCUACCAAACGGUCUACGUGUCGCAUCCGAGGCUCUCCCUGGUUCUUUCUCGGGUGUAGGUGUCUACGUUGACGCUGGCUCUCGUUUCGAAAAUGAGUCCCUUCGGGGCGUCUCGCACAUUAUGGAUCGUCUAGCGUUCAAAUCGACGAGCCAGCGAUCAGCAGACGAGAUGCUCGAGACGGUCGAGCAACUAGGCGGCAGCAUCCAGUGUGCCAGCUCCCGGGAGAGCAUGAUGUACCAAGCCGCGACGUUUAACCAAGCCGUGCCCGAAACCACGAAACUCCUCGCCGAAACGAUUCGCGAUCCCCAGAUCACAGAAGACGAGGUCGAUGCCCAGCUCGAGACGGCGCGAUAUGAGAUCGCCGAGAUCUGGAGCAAGCCAGAGCUGAUCCUCCCUGAGCUUGUGCACACGGCGGCCUUCAAGGACAACACCCUGGGUAGUCCGCUGCUCUGCCCGGAGGAGAGGCUGGCAAGCAUCAAUCGCGACACGGUGAUGAUGUACCGGGACCUGUUCUACAGGCCGGAACGCAUGGUGCUAGCGUUUGCGGGUAUCGAGCACGGCCAGGCCGUCAAGUUGGCCGAGGAGCACUUUGGUGAUAUGAAGAGCCUCCAGGAGAUCACAUCGACAGGGUCAGAAACAAGCGGGUCAGAUUCUGAGUCGAGCUCCUCUCCGUCAUCAUCGCCGAUACUGUCCAAGAUUCCCUUCUUCAGCAAGGGAUCGUCGAAUAAUAGCGGCGCCUCGACCGUGCAGCUCACACCGCCCUCGCAAGAGCAGAUCACGAAGCCAUCGCACUACACAGGUGGCUUCCUGUCGCUCCCGCCGCAACCGCCGUCGCUGAACCAGCAGAUCUUCACGCACAUCCACCUCGCCUUUGAAGGACUGCCCGUCGGUUCGCCGGACGUCUACGCCCUGGCUACGCUGCAGACUCUCCUCGGUGGUGGCGGAUCGUUCUCCGCCGGUGGACCUGGCAAGGGCAUGUAUUCGCGUCUCUACACCAACGUCCUGAACCAGCAUGGGUUCGUCGAGAGCUGCGUCGCGUUCAGCCACACGUACACGGAUAGUGGCCUUUUUGGCAUCUCGGCUAGCUGCAUGCCCGGUCACACCAGCGCCAUGCUGGAUAUCAUCUGCCAGCAGCUCAACGCGCUCACUCUCGAGUCCGGACACGCCAGGCUGCAGGAGAACGAGGUCGAGAGGGCCAAGAACCAGUUGAGGAGCAGUUUGCUCAUGAACCUCGAGUCGCGCAUGGUGGAGCUCGAGGAUCUGGGUAGGAGCGUGCAGGUGCACGGACGCAAGGUUCCUGUGCGGGAGAUGUGUCACGCCAUCGAGAGCCUCACCGUCAAGGAUCUGAGGAGGGUCGCAAAGGAAGUCGUCUGCGGCCUGGUCCAGAAUCCCGGUCAGGGCAGUGGUGCGCCGACGGUGGUACUCCAGGAGGCGCAGGCGUACGGACUGACGAGCCAUACCAUGAGCUGGGAUAAGAUUCAGGAUCGGAUUGACAAGUGGAAGUUGGGGCGGAGGUAA